AUGUUUGAACGUGCGGAAAUUUUCCACAACCGUGCAAAUAAAUUAUUAAAAUCUUCUCAUCAUAAUGAAAAAUCAACAGUUAUGAAUGAAAACGUUGAAAAAAAGAAAAAAAAACACGUUUUACAUAACAUUUACGAUGACGAUGACAACGACUACGAUGUCGAAGCACAAAAUUUCGUUGGGAAAAUAUCAAACAAUCAACGACAGGAAGAAAACCGUGAAUUUUACAAUGAUAAUUUAACUUUGGAUGAAAAAUUUGAAGAAAUAAGAAAAAUAAAUAAAGUUAAAGAAAAUAUUGUUAGAUGUGAAGAAAAUUGGAAAAUGAAAUCGUUAAAACAAGAAGAUGAUAAUGAUCAUCAUCAUCAUCAUGACGAUUGGAAAUUUGAUGAAGAUGGAUAUGGACGUAAUAAAAAUUAUUUGGAAAAUGAUGAAAAAAUGAGUAAUAAUUUAAUGGAAAAUCAAACGAGUGAAGAAUUAAAUGAAAAAAAAUCAAAAAUUGAUUUUUUAAGAAAAAAACUUGAGACAAAUACUCCUACUGCUGGAAAUCCAGACAUUUUGGAAAAAUCAUUAAAAACAAAAAAAAAUAUCCAUCCAGGAAAUUCAUAUGAAACAAAUAAAAAUCGUGGUUCCGUUAUAAAUAUAUGUUCUAGAAGUUGGGAGGUGUACAAUGAUCAGCAAGAAGCGGACAGUUUAAACGAACCACCUUUACAAGAUCCGGUUUCGUUACCGGAAACGUCAGAACCGGAAAAACCACGAAAAUUUUAUACGGGAAAACAUUUUUUUGGUAAUUUUUUAACAUCGAGAGUCACAACACCGACGGACAUGUUUUCCAACACGGAACCUUUGUAA